GUGAAGUGUCAUGUCGUCUCCGGCUGUUCUUGGCUGACUUUUACCUUCUUUUUUCUCCCACCCACCCCCUCCUCUCUCUCUCUGUAAACUGGAGCCGGAGCGCAGCGCGGAGAGGAGAGCGGACCCAUUUCUCCCUGAGUGACUGGACAGACUGGGACACACGGACAACCAGAGUUGUCUCCCUGCACUUUGAUAUCACCCUGAAUUUAUCGGCGUCAGAGAUGACAGGGGGCUGUUUGUGGUCGAUGGGACUGGUUCUUCUUGUAUGUGUGAAGGUCUCUGUGUGGGCCAACGAUGGGGAUGCAGUGUUCAUCAGAGAGUUCACCCUGAUUCGACGAGACCACCUCCCUGAAGAGCCUCUCCACGACAGCAGCCAAAAGCCAGAAGACCUGAGUUCACGGACGGCCCGGUCAGAAGAGGACAGAGACACGCUGUGGGAUGCCUGGGGCUCGUGGAGUGAGUGUUCCCGUACCUGUGGAGGAGGAGCCUCAUACUCCCUCCGAAGAUGCCUCAGCUCCAAGACCUGUGAAGGGCAGAAUAUCAAAUAUCGCACAUGCAGUAAUGUGGACUGCCCCCCGGAAGCUGGUGAUUUCCGCGCUCAGCAGUGUUCAGCUCAUGCAGACGUACGAUACCAGGGUCAGUACCAUGAGUGGCUGCCUGUGUACAACGACCCGGACAACCCCUGCGCUCUCAAGUGCAAAGCCAAAGGCUCUGGCCUUGUGGUGGAGCUGGCACCCAAGGUGCUGGAUGGGACUCGCUGUUACACUGAAUCUUUGGACAUGUGUAUCAGUGGAGUCUGCCAGAUUGUAGGUUGUGAUCAUGAGUUGGGGAGCACGGCAAAGGAGGACAACUGUGGCGUCUGCAAUGGAGAUGGCUCAUCCUGCCGACUUGUGCGAGGGCACUUCAAAUCCCAGCAUGCUUCAGGAAAAACUGAGGACACAGUUGUCAUCAUCCCCUAUAAGAGUCGUCAUGUACGUCUUGUUCUGAAAGGCCCGGAUCACUUGUAUGUGGAGAGUAAGACUCUGCAAGGGGUGAAAGGUGAACUGGAGUUAGACACAUCAGGGCAGUACCACUUGGAGAACACCACCUUGGACUACCAGAAACUUUCUGAUAAGGAGAUCCUGAGAAUGACUGGCCCACUUGGAGCUGACUUCACUGUCAAAGUACAGUUUACCAGUGGAGCAGACAGUGUGAUCCAGUACAUCUACUACCAGCCAAUCAUCCACCGCUGGAGAGAGACAGACUUCUUCCCUUGCUCUGUCACAUGUGGUGGAGGUUACCAGCUAACCUCAGCAGAAUGCUUUGACCUGCGGAGCGGCCGCGUGGUUGUGGAUCAGUAUUGCCAUUAUUACCCAGAGAAUGUCAAACCUAAACCCAAACUGCAGGAGUGCAACAUGGAUCCCUGCCUGGCCAGCGACGGCUACAAGCAAAUUAUGCCGUAUGACCUCUACCAUCCCCUGCCCCGAUGGGAGAGCAGUCCCUGGACCGCCUGCUCCACCUCCUGCGGCGGUGGCAUCCAGAGUCGCUCAGUGUCCUGUGUGGAGGAAGACAUGCAGGGAACCAUCACGGCCACUGAGGAGUGGAAGUGUCUCUACUCCCCAAAGACAGCUAUCCUGCAGCCCUGCAACACCUUCGACUGUCCCACCUGGCUGGCACAGGAGUGGUCACCCUGCACGGUGACCUGCGGUCAGGGUCUGCGCUACAGGGUGGUGUUAUGCAUCGAUCACAGGGGACUCCACGCCGGAGGCUGCAACCCCACCACCAAACCCCACAUCAAGGAGGAGUGCCUGGUGACUGUUCCCUGCUACAAGUCCAUAGAUGCACUCCCAGUUGAGGCAAAACCUGUGUGGCAUAAGCAGGCCAUAGAGCUGGAGGAGGAGAUCACAGUGACUGAGGAACCAACCUUCAUCCCUGGUCCCUGGCAGCCCUGCAGCAGGACUUGCGGCGCCGGAACCCAGCAACGGACUGUCAAGUGCCAGGUGCUGCUUUCUUUCUCUCAGACUGUUGCUGACCUGCCCGACGACGAGUGUGAGGGGGUCAAACCUGCAACGAGUCAGCCCUGCUACCGUACUCCCUGCUCUGGUGUUUUGGGCCAAGGAAAAGAAAGUAAAAAAGAGGGGGAAGAAGAGAAGGAGGAGGGGGAGACACCCGAAAGAGAGGAGCUGCACGACUGGGAAUAUGAAGGGUUUACGGAGUGCUCGGAGAGUUGUGGGGGAGGUGUGCAGGAGGCUGUGGUGAUCUGCCUGAACAAGCAGACCAGGGAGGCAGCAGACCAGAGCCUGUGCGUGAGCUCCCGUCGGCCCCCCCAACUCCUCCAGGACUGCAAAAUUCAGCCCUGCCCACCCAGGUGGGAAACAGGUGAGUGGAGUUCAUGCUCUGCUACCUGUGGGGUUGGUCUCAUGACACGCACUGUGGCUUGUACUCACCGGCCGUCUCGAGACAGCAACCGAACUCAGGUUUUGAGGGAUGAAGACUGUCAAAAUCCCAAGCCAAGUCCGGUCCAAGCCUGCAACCGCUUUGACUGCCCUCCCAUGUGGGACACACAGGACUGGGGACAGUGCUCCCAGAGCUGUGGUGGUGGAGUGCAAAUGAGGCAGGUACUGUGCAAACAGCGGCUGGCAGAUGGCAGCAUCCUGGAAUUACCUGACACAUUUUGCCCUUCCAAAAGCCCCGCAAACCAGCAGCCCUGUGCCAAGCAAGAGUGCCCACUUCACUGGGUCACAACAGACUGGUCCAAGUGUUCUGUGACGUGUGGAAGUGGCAUUCAGACUCUACAGGCCAUCUGCAGGAAAUAUGGGGAGGAUGGGCAAUAUCAGACCGUAGACCCUAAGAACUGCUCCUUAAUUGCCCGGCCCGCCAGAAUCCGGUCGUGCUCCCUCAGGCUCUGCGAGAACUCUAUCAAGCCUGAUCCCGCCAUACUGGCCCAGAGGAAGGUUUGUAUCCAAUGGAGGAAGGACAAAAAGUUACAGGUGGUUGUGGGAGGCUAUGGCUACUUCCUGCCCUGGACAACUGUGGUCCUUCGCUGCCCAACCCGCCACCUCCGCAAAGGCCACGUUCGAUGGUUGAAGGAAGGGAAGCCCCUGGUCAGCCUCCCGCACCUCUCUAUAACUCCGCUGGGAUACAUGAAGAUUCAGCAGGUUCGUGCAUCUGAUGCUGGGAUUUACACUUGCAUUGCAGGCCAAGCACAAGAACAUUUUGUCCUACAGAUUAUUGGCAGCAAGCAGAAGCUCUCUGUUCCAGAGUCAUGGUUCCUCGCAGAUGGACAACAAAAGGUUGGGCAGCCAGGUGUGGCCUCAACAGGAGACAGAUUUCAGGGGCUGCCCAUCUCCCUCAACCAGUAUGACAACAUUGUUGAGCAUUUGCUUGAACUCAAAGGCUCUGUCCAAGAUGAAAGAGACAUUACUGAUAAACCCCACUCCAGUGAAAAGAACAGGUCGACCCUGGAGGAUGAAAGAGCAAGUACAGAAUUUUCAACCCCUGUCGUACUCAUCGCUGAUACCCACAGGCUCGAUGAGAUCAUGCACAACCUCUCUGAAGGUCUCCGAGGACCACGGGGGGAACAGCUCAUCACUCAGUUGCUCAGUGAGCUCACUAUGGGUCAGGGAGAAACCAACGACUCGACUCUUCACCCACCGGAAAGUGCAGAAUCUUUCACACAAGGGCCGCUUCUUUAUAAACCAAAAGCCCACACAACCAGGCCAAGAAAGCCAGUGAUAAUCCAACGACCCAGGAACGUUGGUGUGGCACCGUCGUCUGAAAUGAUAGUUUAUGUGGGAGUGCCAGCUUUACUGCAGAAACCAGUUGCUAGUUUGGAGCUGAGAUGUGAGGCACUGGGGAACCCUGAACCAUCCCUAACAUGGACAAAGAAUGGAAAAGAGUUGCUCUAUAACAGCAGAGUAGGCCUGUUGCCCACCGGCUCACUUAGGAUCCUGUCUCCAAGCAAAGUGGACGAGGGUUUGUACACUUGCACUGCCAGGAAUCGUCUCGGAUCUACAUUUCUUUCGUCUCUGCUGCAGACCACAGGUGGCAAAGGAAGAAAUUGUGUCCAAGGUAACAGCAUGGGAGGAAAUGGCCCUGUUUGCUUUGAGAGGAAUAACAGCAGCCAAUCAGCGGAGCUGUGCCGUGGACAGGGCUGUCCCCUCAGGUGGCGAGUGGAUCCUUGGUCUCCUUGUUCAGCCACUUGUGGAGGUGGGUCCCAGACCAGGAGUGUCCGCUGCAUGAGGGGUCCUGAGGGCAGGUCAAGAGAGGUGGAGGGCCAGCUGUGCCUUGACACAGGCAGGAGACCCUCUGACAGUAGGCUAUGCAACCUUCUGCCCUGUGCCAAAUGGGCCACGACCUCUUGGGGGCCGUGUCAUGGUCAGUGUGUAGGUCCCAGUUUGGCCACACAGCAUCGCCAUGUUUACUGCCAAAACACAAAUGGCACCAAAGUCCCCUACAGGAUGUGCAGUGGACUCCACAGGCCCAGCUCUCUAAAGAAUUGUUCCACAGAGAACUGUGCCCUUCACUGGCGCAUAGGGCCGUGGACCCAGUGCACUGCCACCUGUGGACGACAUGGUUUCCAGUCGCGCCAGGUGACCUGCGCGCACCGGCGAACUGGCAAGGCCACACGUGAGCAUCACUGCAUGUGGAGGCCUCGCCCUCCCAGCUGGCAGCGAUGCAAUAUUUUGUCUUGUGGAAGAGCCGGGGAGUGUCGAGACAGCACGAGGUACUGUGAGAAGGUUCGACAGUUGGAGCUCUGCCCGCUGCCCCAGUUUAAGAGUCGCUGCUGUCACUCCUGCCGAAACACCUGAGACAGGGGACGUGAGACGAGGGUUGUGGACAACCUGGAUACGUCAGGGAAGGUGCCAACAGAGACUUGAAACCUCUAUGUUCCAUCCUAACACAAACAACUGUCUUUGAUGAACAGUUUUGGAUGGGGAUACCUGAGUGCAGAGGAAUGUUUGGAUAGUCAUUCCUGGAGUGGCUAUGAUCUUUUCCUCAAAGAUGACGUGUGGGUUUGAAUUAGAAAGUUUCGUUUUGAGAGGAGUGACGUCUGUUCAUGAAGGCUUCAGUUUUACGUUUUGUUUUUUUUUUUGGUUUCGAUUUUUUUAAUCUGGAGUUCAGCUUUCCUAAUUUAUGUAAGAGUGACUGAGACACAUUUCCAUUGUGAGUUGUAGAGACUUGUGGUGACUGCAUGGUUUCAUAAAGAGGAACUCAUAAAGAGGUGUUGUACCAGAUCUGUUGUUGUUUCAGGGUUUUCCCUGUUCCAUUGUAGUACCAUCACUUCCCAAAUAUGCAGCUACCAUGCAAACGCAUUAGCAUACAAUACACAAAUAUUUAAUAGGCAUUUAAAAUUGAUUGACAUCAUACUAAGGGAUUUUGGGUAGACCUCUGAGUUUGUGGUGACCACUGGAUAGUUGUGUGUUUGUCUGUAUUGCAAUGGUCUCUAAAAACAGUGUUGUUAAAUAGUUCAGAUGAUAAAUGAGUUUUAAUUAAUGCGGUGUGGGUUUACUCUUGUUUAAAACUGAAAUACAGCACAGUGCGGCAUAUAAAUGGGAAACAGCUAACAUGACUAAAAAGGCCCGAUAUUUGAUAAAUGGUAAACAUUUGGGAUUAGCCACCUGGGAAAUCAUGAUCUGUGCUACCAUUUUGGGUCAUUUAGCACGUGCUGACAGCUGUGAUUGGUCAAGUCAUUUAAAGAGGAAAGGAAUUAGGAUUGCAGAUGUUUUUACUGCAUUUUUUGGCGGAGUAGAAAGUAGGACGUGAUAAAGAUUUAUCUUGCAUGGGUUGCACUAGUGGAGGUAUAUGACUGAAGCAAGUCAAUAUUUGGAAAAAGACACUUAAUUUUGCACUAAACUCAUCCAAGUCUUUGUUCAGAACAUGGCUUGUAGAGUUUCUUUAAAUCUAGUUUGUAUGGUUACAUUGUUUAUAUAUUUUGUUUUCUGAUUUUGAUAUUUCUUGGAAAGAUAUUUGUUAAAAUGUCCCUUUAACCACUUUGAGACCUGUCCACCAAAUUAUAUUUUCGCUCUAGUUUGACAUUAUAGGGAAAAAAAAAACAGAGUUAAAGAGUUAAAGUCUUCUGCUUACGACAGAUUUCAA